AGCCCUUAAAAAGCUUUAUACCGCCAAGAAUCCCUUGGAACGGGAGAGGCGGGAGCAGGGACAGGCAGGCAGAGGAGAGGCAAAAGUAUCUCCGCGUCAGCGGAGGGUUUGGAGCAGAGCAGGGAAAUCAGGGAUACCCGGGGACAGGGGCGUGGGCAUCCUCAUCCUCAGUGCCACGUAAAUGUUCUCUCCUGUCAGGGAAGGAGGCAGGAGGCAGCGCGGGGACCCGAGGACGAGCCCAGCUCGCCGGUGAUGGCAUGGACCGGCCGCUGCUCCAGCCGCGCUUCCCACGCCCCGCUCCCGCCCGGCUGCCCCCGAGGGCGCGACACUGAUGCGGAGCCGCUCGUAGCGACCCAGCCAUGGCUGGAGAUUCCAGGAUCUUCAUGAACCAGGACAUGGACAUCGGGGUGACCUCCAGGGAGCCCAAGAAGAUUCCCAAGCAGGCUCGGGACGAUGUCCCCAUCGCCACCGACCGGACGCGCCUCAUCUCGGCCGAGGGGAAGAAGCCCCGGCAGCGGUACAUGGAGAAGAGCGGCAAGUGCAACGUCCACCACGGCAACGUGCAGGAGACCUACCGCUACCUCAGCGACCUCUUCACCACCCUCGUGGACCUCAAGUGGCGUUUCAACCUCCUGGUCUUCACCAUGGUCUACACCAUCACCUGGUUGUUCUUUGGGUUCAUAUGGUGGCUCAUCGCCUACAUCCGGGGAGACCUGGACCACCUGGAAGAUGAGAACUGGAUCCCCUGCGUGGAAAACCUCAGCGGGUUUGUGUCCGCGUUUCUGUUCUCCAUCGAGACGGAGACGACGAUCGGUUACGGCUACAGGGUGAUCACGGAGAAGUGCCCCGAGGGCAUCGUGCUGCUCCUCAUCCAGGCCAUCCUGGGCUCCAUCGUCAACGCCUUCAUGGUGGGCUGCAUGUUCGUCAAGAUCAGCCAACCAAAGAAAAGGGCUGAAACCCUCAUGUUUUCCAACAACGCCGUGAUCUCCAUGAGGGACGAGAAGCUCUGUCUCAUGUUCCGGGUUGGAGACCUCCGCAAUUCCCACAUUGUCGAGGCUUCCAUUAGAGCCAAACUGAUUAAGUCCAAACAGACCAAAGAAGGAGAGUUUAUUCCCCUGAACCAAACGGACAUCAACGUGGGAUUUGACACUGGAGAUGACAGGUUGUUCCUGGUGUCACCUCUGAUCAUCUCACACGAAAUCAAUGAGAAAAGCCCCUUCUGGGAGAUGUCUCGUACCCAGCUGGAGAAGGAGGAGUUUGAAAUUGUGGUCAUCCUGGAAGGAAUGGUGGAAGCAACAGGGAUGACUUGCCAGGCUCGCAGCUCCUACAUGGACACCGAGGUGCUGUGGGGACACCGCUUCACCCCCGUGCUCACCCUGGAGAAGGACUUUUACGAGGUGGACUAUAACAGCUUCCACAGCACCUACGAGACCAACACCCCCGUGUGCUGUGCCAAGGAACUGGCCGAGUCCCGCCGGGAAGGGCAGCUCCUGGGCCACCUCUGCGGUGCCACCCCGCUCAGCGGGGGCAGGGAGGCAGAGACAGCCCGGGAGGAGGAGGAGGAGGAGGAGGAGGAGGAAGGCAGGGAGCCGGCAGGAUUGGAUGGAGCCAAUGGCACAGCAGGAGAGAUGCCCGUAUAACACCCGACCCACCCACACCCACUGGGAGACUGGUGUGGAGAGCCGGGAACUGACCGGGAGCCAGACUGGGAUUGGUGUCCCGAGCUCUGCUCCUGCCGCGCCAUCCUGGCGAGCCCAGCACAGCAGUGCCUCGGUUCCCUCCCUUUCCUCUGUACAGCGAGGCUUUGCUCUCCCCUGCAAAGCUCUCUGAUCCCUGUGGACGAGGCUCACUCCAUCUCACCGCCGGUAAAACUGAAAUUCCCACCACUGGUUGUUUCAAAAGGUGUUCGUUGGACAUUCAGAACUCUUCUCCUUCCCGAGGGGGUUCAAAAAGUCCAGAAUGGCCCAUCUCAGUAUGAAGAAUGUGAUUUCAUGCCUUCACUUAAUUUGUGAGUCAAUGUAUUGUAGACAUUGUUACAGCUAAAUUAAAAAA